AGAUAGAGAGAGAGGGAGGAAGCAGAGGGAGACCAGUCGUCCCAGUACUCAGCAGCAUCAUGGCACCUAUCGGAUUAAAGGCGGUGGUCGGAGAAAAGAUUAUGAACGAUGUCAUCAAGAAGGUGAAGAAGAAGGGAGAAUGGAAGGCGCUGAUCGUGGACCAGCUGAGCAUGAGGAUGUUGUCCUCCUGCUGCAAGAUGACAGACAUCAUGACGGAGGGCAUCACCAUUGUGGAGGACAUCCACAAGCGGCGAGAGCCUCUUCCCAGCCUGGAGGCCAUUUACCUGAUUACACCCACAGAGAAGUCUGUCCACACCCUCAUCGCAGAUUACAAAGAUCCUCAUCAAGCCAAAUACAAGGCAGCGCACGUCUUCUUCACAGACUCCUGCCCUGAUCCUCUGUUCAACGAGCUGGUGAAGAGCCGCGCUUCCAAAUCCACGAAGACUCUGACGGAGAUCAACAUCGCGUUCCUGCCCUACGAGUCCCAGGUGUACUCACUGGACAAUCCAGAUGCCUUCCACAGUUUCUACAGCCCCCAUAAGACCCAGCUGAAGAACUCGGUGAUGGAGCGACUGGCCGAGCAGCUGGCCACGCUCUGUGCCACCCUGAAGGAGUACCCGGCCGUCAGAUACCGAGGCGACUACAAGGACAACGCCACCCUGGCCCAGCUGGUUCAGGACAAGCUGGACGCCUACAAGGCCGACGACCCGACCAUGGGAGAGGGUCCAGACAAGGCUCGCUCACAGCUGAUCAUCCUGGACCGGGCGUUCGAUCCCGUCUCACCUGUCCUCCACGAGCUCACCUUCCAGGCCAUGGGCUACGACCUGCUGCCCAUCGAAAACGACGUCUACAAGUACGAGACCAGUGGCAUCGGAGACUCUCGUGAGAAGGAGGUUCUGCUGCACGAGGACGAUGACCUGUGGGUGAGCCUGAGACACAAACACAUAGCGGAGGUGUCCCAGGAAGUGACGCGUCAACUGAAGGACUUCUCCGCCAGCAAGAGGAUGAACACUGCAGGAGAGAAGACCACGAUGAGGGAUCUGUCCCAGAUGCUGAAGAAGAUGCCUCAGUACCAGAAGGAGCUCAGCAAGUACUCCACUCACCUGCAGCUGGCUGAGGACUGUAUGAAGCACUACCAGGGAACAGUGGACAAACUGUGCCGUGUGGAGCAGGAUUUGGCGAUGGGAACCGACGCCGAGGGAGAGAAGAUCAAAGACCCCAUGAGGGCCAUCGUGCCGAUCCUGCUCGACGCCAACGUCACCACAUACGACAAGAUCCGCAUCAUCCUGCUCUACAUCUUCCUCAAGAACGGCAUCACGGAGGAGAACCUGAACAAGCUGAUCCAACACGCUCAGAUUCCCCCUGAGGACAGUGAGAUCAUCACCAACAUGGCUCACCUGGGCGUCCCCAUCAUCACAGACUCCACCCUCCGCCGAGGAAAGAAGCUGGACAGGAAGGAGCGUGUGAGCGAGCAGACCUAUCAGCUGUCCCGCUGGACACCGCUGGUCAAGGACAUCAUGGAGGAUGCUAUCGAAGACAAGCUGGACACCAAGCACUACCCCUACAUCUCCACCCGCUCCUCUGCCUCCUUCAGCACCACUGCAGUCAGCGCUCGGUACGGCCACUGGCACAAGAACAAGACACCUGGAGAGUACCGCACCGGUCCCCGCGUCAUGGUCUUCAUCAUCGGCGGCGUGUCCUUCAGUGAGAUGCGCUGCGCCUACGAGGUCACGCAGGCCAACGGGAAAUGGGAGGCCAUCAUCGGUUCCACCCACGUUAUCACCCCCACCAAAUUCUUAUCGGACCUGCAGCACCCCGACUUCCGAGAGUCCACUAGGGUGUCCUUUGAGGACGCAGAGCCCCCGGCCGAGUGAGGCAGAGACAGAUUGGGAGGGAGGGAGAGAGAAAACACACUGAAAAAAGCUCGACCCACAUCUUCACCCCCACCAGCCUCCUGGAGCAGCUCAAGGCCAUGAACAAACCAGACGAGGAAGUGACGAGCUAAAAAAUCCUCCAAUCACAUCUCUCUCCCCCUUAACACACCCACACCCCGCCCUCACCCAUCUUACCACCACCCCUCCCCCCGACCCGAUCCAUUAACUGUGUAUGCAUCCUGCUUGAAAAGAAGAAAAACAAAAGACAUCUUAGAUGAGUAAAAAAAAUAUAUAUGUUGUAUCAAAGAUUAAAAGUAUUCUCAUGUUUUCCAAUGGAUGCAACUAAAUGAACUUAUUUAAAAUGGUUUAAAUAUCAGAAGAGAAGGCCAUUUUAAACGGAAAGUACCAAAUGUAAUAACCGUAAGAGGUGGACGUCUUCUCUGGUUCUCUCCUCGGGAUUUCUCCUCCGUGUCAUCGGAAGCAGGUGGAGGAAGGAUGUGACUCGGUGGGAGGUCGAUGUUGUAAAAAAAUUCAAAUAUCAUAUCAGUCAACAUGCAAUAUAUAUAAAAUACAUAUAUUUCACCGGAGAGGAGCCCCACCUCGCUCAUUUGAGAUGUGCAUAUUCAGUAGCAUGCUUGGACUUGUGUGGACUGUCGAUGUGUUUGUAUCCGGUGUGGAUGUUCUGGAAGCUGCAGAGUUUUAGCGUUUAGCUUUUUUUCCAAAGAUGCUGAGCUGGAGUCCUCCACCCAAACGCUUUGUUUUGAGUAUGAAACUAAAUCACGGAAACUUCUCAAAAACCAUCGUCCACUACUCCUCAGUCAAAACUACGUAGGUUUUUAUCCAGAAUCACCAAUUUGAUUUAAUCUUUGAGUUCAAGUGACAUCUUCUCCAAAUUUAAAGAAAUACCCUAAAGGCAGGAACAAUCUAAAUGUGACCUUUGCUGCCACAUCUUCCAUGUAAAUAUGUAGCGUGUGUUUGAUACUCAAAACAAAGUGAAAGUUUGGUUUAAGAACUUGUUGGAGCAGAAGAUGAAAAGAGAAAGAGCUCAGCUAGAAAAUAUAUAAAAAAAAAAAGAAUCAUCCCUCCUCCGGCUGCAGAGACUGUGAACUAUUUACCGUCCACAACCUUCUUUCCGUCCCUCUGGAGAAACUUCAUGUUUUAAUGUCUAAGGGCCGUUGCUUGCUGUUAUAUAAAGAAUAAUGUUAAAAAGGGCCAGUUGUAUUUCAGUAUUGUAUCCUGUCAGAUUAAGUCUUAUCAUUGGUUUCGUAAUGAUGUUUACUUCAGGGCCAUGCACUGAGUCGUGUUGUGUAUUUGCCAUAUGUUGCCGUUUUAGCGUCUCACUGUUGACUGGUGAUCUUUCUGACUGUGAAGUAGUGAUUUCCUUUUUCCCUUUUUCGAAAAUGCCGAUGUGAAGCCGCCGUGUUUGUGACGUUUUAGCUGUAGCUGUUAGUGGUCAGCUGGGAAAAUGAAAUUCUAUCUAUAUUUUCUUUGUCCGUUUCUUCCUGGUGCAAUGUAAAAACCCCUCAGUGACGAAUGGCUUUAAAAGAUGAAACUUAAUGACUGAACUUUAAGCUUUUUCCCACUUUUUUCCCGGCCAAACAACUUGUAAAUUGCACUACUGCGUUUUCUGUGAUGCAAGCGCUUGACUUUGUGUUCCGUUUAUUUAUUUUUUUUGCCGAUGUUUAAGGGUUUACUUUGUUAAAUCAAUAGAUUUUCAGAGGAAAAAAUACAUUAAAUGAAACAUUAAUCCGUCCUGAAACUGUUUUAACUUAUUGGGAUUGUUUGUUUGCAAGUGUUGAAGCACAAACAAUACUUCCAUGUGUACCUAGUAUGUACUAAGGCUGUCUAAUAAAUUGGCUUCCAUUAUAUUGAA